AUGACUGGAAGAGGUGGUGGCGGCGGUCGCCGUGUUCUUUUGCCCCCAAUCAACUUUCUCUUCCGUCUCCUGCAACAGCGCACGACGGUCCAGAUUUGGCUGUACGAGCAGUUAUCGAUUCGGAUAGUUGGAACUAUUCGGGGGUUCGAUGAGUUUAUGAAUCUUGUUAUCGACGACGCGGUUGAGGUCAAACAGAUUUCCAAGACAAACGAUACCGAGACAAGGCGACCAUUGGGGCAAAUUCUACUGAAGGGCGACAACGUUUCUCUCAUUCAAAGCGUGUCCGGAUGA